UUUCCCGCCUCCCCUGAACCCGUGGCCUUGCCCUCCAUCAACAGCAGCACCCGCUGGCGUGAGGUACGUCUUGUUCUGCAGGACCACGUCAUCGGGGCGUGCGGUGAGUCUUACCUGUGCAACGUCACCGACCUGCACAAAGAAGAGACCAGCGGCGACAAGUGCUCUGCGUGCCAGCCGUGCAGCUGCGACGUCGACUGCCGUUGGCGGGGUGAUUGCUGCGUUGACAAGACCCUCGACAACCUGAGCGAGAUGCUCAUCCUGCAGACCCAGCCAGGUCAGGAGGCGGGGUCACCAUACGGCUGCCGCAGCCUCCGUUACGGCAACGCCAGCACUUCCACCCAAACCGCUUUCGCGUACAUGAUCGACUCCUGUCCCUCCCGCUGGAGCGACCUGGACGUCGGCAGAGAAGUGCCUCAACAGCUCCCUCGGGAGGCUGGAAUCAAGCUGGCCUGUGACCUCUUCCGUUACCAUGGCGACCUACCGCAACGAGGACUGCUCUCUGUGUCACGGGCAAGAGAAGCGAGCGUUAAGGUUCUGGUACCUGGAGAUUCGCUGCGACCAAAACGUUCGCGUUCGCGAGGAGCGCUCUCUCCAAGCGCUCGUCGAGCAGGUGCUGGUGGUCCCGCAAUGCCAGGUAACGUUCCUGCCGCAGGACGAGCAAGAUCGCAAGGAGUGCACACCUGUGGUAGAGGGCGCUCUAGUCGCGUCCUGCAACGUUUCCGGAGAGCAGAAGAGUUUCGAUGCGCUGCUGUGGAAGGCGUGCGAGGUGUUACAGGCGCAGGUGAGGUCGUCUCAAAUGUUCCAGAACCUCUUCUGCUUUUUCUGCAACGUGGAGUCCCCAACAUUGUCUGCCCACUGCGAGCCGGACAAACCGUCGCCAUUCGUGCUGGUCCUGAGGAGACCCAGCGGCCUUCCCUCCGCACAUGAGGGAUCUGAGAGCGAGCGAAAUUGUAACUGUGCCGAGGACGAAAUCUUCGACAAGUAUGAGGGAGUGUGUCGUCUGCUUCACUGCUCCUUCAAGCGUGUUCUGACAAACGAUCGCUGCCUGUCGGCCUCCCCCUCGUCCCUGGGACUGGCCUAUCAGGUCAGUUUUGUUCUGUCCCUGACGACGCCAACCAGCAAGUGACUCUAAGUGCUCCUCCAUCCCUUGCGCGAGUGGCGAGGAGCAUUCGCACUGCCUUCCUGCUCAAGGCCUCCAGCGACUCUGGGUGGGACGUUCAGAUCGACUACUUCCGGGUCGUGGCGCGUGUCCGGAACUCCAGUGCUGCUGCCCAGCAGACAGGGACGCCCUCUACACCGCCUACAGACCUCGUGAGUGUGGUGACCUUUCUGGUCCACGUCAAGCUUCUUACUCGUUGGAAGGAAGCUUCGGAUGCACUUGAAAAGAGACUUCUGGAGCUGACACGAGCUCAGUGGAGCAUUUCUGUGGGAACAAACGGAAAGACGACUUUCAUGGCAGCACCUGCGCACAUCAAUCCUAAAGACGAAGCAGGUGUUUAUCGGACGGUAACAAUGUAUAAA